UGGCACUGUGUGAGGGCCCGCCGGGACCUGCACGCGCGGCACCGGCAUGGCACAUACCACCACCCGCGCGCCCACACCACCCACCGCCCGAUAGUCCAAGGGUCCAGCGCUUGUCCGCGCCAGUAUGCGGCGACACUGAAGGGCUCCUUCCGCGCUGACCUGGCUGGAAGGAGCUGUGACCUGACCUGACCUGCAACCAAAGAGUUAGAAAGUGAGAUUAUGCUUAUUAGCUUCUGAAAGUGCCUUUGCUGCUGAAUAUAACAACACGUGUGACAGUGAUAUGACUGGUAGAGAACAUUAGGUUAAUCGUUUCCUCGAGAGCGCCAUGUGAGCUAGUCAUGGGGCCGAUUCGUGCCUUCGUGCGCCCCCCUCACGGAACCGCCCCGGGGGAGUCGGUCACCACAGCCAGCCUCUUCAGCCCCUCGCACCACCAGGGCUUCUCCGCACGCCACCGCCCCUUCGCCGCCCACGCCACGUCCCCUUCCCUCGGCUUGCACCACCACCAUCACCACCACCACCUCCCGUGUGCCGCCCAUGUCAGCCCGUCUUCCCUUGGCGCCCAUGACCAGCUCUUCAACCCCCACGCUUGUACCUCUCCCGAGCCCCCGCGCGUGGGUCUAGGAUCUUCGCUUGGGUCCUCCGAGACGCCGCCGCCUCCUCCUCCUGCGCGGCCGUGCAGCCCUCACCGACACUUUAAGAAGAUCCUGCCCCCAGGAGCGGCUGCGGCACUACAGCUCCCGCAGCACCCCCGCUUUUCGCUGGUGCGUUCCGACACUGCGUCGGGAGGACCCGUCGGCACGGGGGACGCUGGGGUGAACAGCUGCGGCGACGCCUUCGAGAGUAAGCAGCAGCAGCGGAAGCAGCAGCAGGAUGACAAGGCCAAGGAGAGGAAGUGCGCCUUUAGGUUCGAGGAGAGUUACAAAGAAUGCAAAUGGAAAAUCUGUGACGAAUGGAGGAGGGAAGACAAGGAGGAGAGUGACUGGAAAAAAGACAUUGCAGGAGGCAAGUGGAAGAGAGAUUUCGAUAAACACAAGUGGAAUAAAGCGUAUAGUGAAGUUAAAUGGAAGAAGGAAAAUAGUUACAAGUGGAAAAAGGAGAGACAUGACGUUGGGUGGAAAAAGGAUAAGGAUGAAUUUAAGUGGAAGGGAGAGAGGGCUACGCUGGCCACGUGCGUCACGCCAGAAGCCAAGUCCGACAUCACGUCGCCCUCCCAGGUGGCGCUCGAAUUCCCCUUCUCAGACGAGGAAGACGAAGGCGACGACGAGAGCGGCAGCGGAGGCAGGCGCGCCGACGGCAGCAGGCACGAGGCGUGGCCCAUCUCGGACAUCGUGGAGACGGAGGACGAGGAAGGGGAAGACGUCGCACGGAAUAGCGAAGCGUAUAAUCAGGGAGCGUGGGAGAAAGAGGGAGAGAAGGCAGGCUCAAGAACAGGCAAGGAGAGCGAAGGAGAAGCCGUGGCCGGGCUGAGUAAUGCUAGUCCAGAGAAUCACAAUCUAGUCAUCCGCGCUGUGGUCGCCCCAGAACACGCUCACACCAGAGUACCUGAACACACGGCCAGUGGUAGCAGAGCUUCCCAUGCAAGUGAAAAUCCGUUUUGCAAGCGCCCGGGCUUGUUGCAAGAAGAAGAUGAGUGCUCGAGGAUGCGCGAGAGCCAAGGGACCUCGGGCAUCGACAGGAGCGACGGAGAAGAGGACCUCGACGCCGACAGGAAGGAUGACGAGGGGGACGUCCCGCGGGACGGCGUGAGGGCGACGCAGCGCCUUCGUCCUCGCAGCUACAGGCAAUUCCUCCUGACGAGAGAGCGAAGGAGUCGCGAGUUCCUGAAGGCCCGCAGUUACCACCUCGGGAGAUGGUUCGUGACCCACUUCACCCACCCGUAUCCGUCGAAGGAACAGAAGGACCAGCUGGCGAGCCGGACCAACAUGACGAGGAACCAGGUGAGCGAGUGGUUUGGCAAUAUGAGGCGCAGGAUCCGAGAGGCGACUCGAGGUCUGGGCGUGUGUUGGGAGGAGAAGGUCCGUGUCUACAACUCGGUCAUCACGGGCAAGUCGGAGCCCUUGCCCAUCGAGUCGGGCGAUGCCAUCAACACUUGGGUCCCGCCCAUCGCUCAAGAACCCUCCUCCUUGGACACGAGUGAGGAAGUGUCGGUGACGCCCAAGUUCAAGACGACGCUGCUCCACCGUUACCUCAGCAACUCCUUCGAAUCCCCGGGAAGACGCGAGGACGAAGGAAGCGUCGUCAGGCCAGCCACCGCCUCCAGCCCGCCCUUAGGAGAGGAAUCCAGGGCCGCCCACGAUCCUUACGCCUCACCCGUGACGCUCAAACCUUCCGUGCUGCCGCUGUGCACAUCAAGCCCUAAGGAUAACAUCCAGGCUCGAUGGAACACGUCCUUUGAGCACGUUAAGGAUACCACGGUGCUGGUAGCCAGGAAGGUCUCCCAGGGCAAGGCCGAGCACAGGAUGAAGUGCGGGAGGACUCCGCUGCUGAUGGAUGGCAAAAUGGAGCCCUUGAAGAGAUCCUUCAGUGACUCUUUGAACGAGGAGGACCUUCACUCGCCGGCCGCCAAGAGACAGAGGUCGACAGAGCCAUCUGUCGAAUGGCUUCACCAAGCUUCGACGUCUCAAGAACCCGCUUCUGUCGUCUUGUAUCGCCGUCGAUCGGAGGCGUGGGCCGGCGCAGGGGCUCCGGCCAGCAGCAGCAGCAGCCUCCACCUAUCUGCCUGGAACGCCCACACAAUAUGUGGCGACAGCAGGUCCUCUGAUGAUGAUGGUAGCGACGAGCAGUGCCUCCGACAGCCUGAGGAGCUGGCGGCUGCCUAUACACUCAUGCAAUUGCAACAUAUGUAACGCACGUGAGGCAGUCGUGUAGCGCGUGGCACAUAUGGCCAGCUGCAGCACGUGUGGUGCAUUUGGCGAGAAAUGCGUGCAACAUAUGGGCAGCUACCAGCGUCAAGCACAUGAGCUGGACGAAGUGGCUCAUCCGCUGCAGCUUACUUCAAGAGCCUUGUUAUGCCGUCGGUUAGAAAAGCUUGUUCGUUAACCGUCUCAUUCCGCUUGUUCUGGUCAAGUCGCUGUGUUCUCUCAGCUUAUUGCCCCUGCCCCUUCCCCCCAUAAAAAUGAGGAGAGAAAGCAGGAAAAGGAAAGGAAAGUUCUCACCAUCCUCGAUCUGGAGAGGGCAUUUCCUGCUUGGUCUUUCGGAGAGCAGCUGUGUCUUCCUAGAUGUGUUUCCUCGUCUGAAGUGCCUUUUUUGCGAAGGGGGCGACGGGGGCGGGGGGAUAUUUGGAAAUUGUUUCUCUUCUCUUCCUCAGCUCCUCUUUGGACUCCUUCAGAUUUCUAGAUAGAAAGAAAGGAAAAAAAUAAGCCGUGUGUGAAUUGUGCCGUCCUUAUACUCCCUCUUUGUGAUACUUUAAAUCCCACGAAGAUUUUUUUUCUAAUGCUCAUAUUAUAUAAUGCAUCUUUGGUGUACUUGAAUGUGAAUAUUUAAAAAAAAAUGGACUGUUUGAAUGUACAUUCGA